AUGGCGAAGCUUGACGAGCAGGGAGAAAUUGAGGAACACGUUCCCUGUGUUGUACAGGAGUUCUGCACCGGUGAAGAUCGCAAGAAGAGAAGAUACUCGAGGAUUCAGGUGACGGCUUUCAUCAUGAGCUGCCUGUCGCUGCUCGUGUAUGAGACCGACGGCAUGUCUGCCAUGUCAGAGGUUCGCCAUGAGAUCGCCUUCGAAGUCUUUCUUCUCUUGUGGAGAGGUAUCAAUGAGUUUUUCCAUGACGAGUUCGAUCUUUCCGCUGUCUGGCACCACGGGGGUUUUCUGCUUGUUUACAUGAUCUUUCAGUACAACAAGAGAUGGCAGAAACAAUACAGCGACCUGGCUGUCCACAUGCAGAUCUUGCACUUCCCGAUGGUGUUGUGGUAUUUAGGGGGUGAAGUCGUGAAGGGAUGUUCCCCCGCUGUUCCUUUCAGUGAGCUCAUCCCAACAUCAGUUUCCUUCCGCUUCUCCUCCAUGGCGAUGGCGACGGUGAACAGCCUAAGGCUGCUGGACGGACUCAUCCUUGCUGCUCUCACCUGCGUCUAUUUCCUCUUGGACCUUUACUGGUAUUAUCCUUGCUAUCCUAGCGAGCAAACACAAAAGGUCUCUGCAGAGAAGCUCGAGCUGAGCAGCUCCGAUGGUGAUCUGAACUUGUGCUCGGACUUUCCUGGCGUUGGGACGUGUCCCCUUGCCCUCCACAUCCGGACUGCGGGCUCGAAGGAGUGGACAGGAGGAGGAGUGAGGGAAGAGCAGUGCAAGAUGCGGGAGCAGGCGACGGGAUCAGUUGAGGAGGGCACAUGGCACUUCGGAGUGUCUCAGUCGGGAGGGGUGGCAGGACUAUCAUUGAAAGUAUUCUACGAUGAAGUCACAAGUAGGCGAGAACUGUACGCCACGUUCCCACCGUCCCAGCUUCCUCUUCGUUCUGGGUUGUUCUCUCCUCCUCUUCCUCCUUCGUACGUCAUGUGCUCGCAAGCCCUGUGCCCUCAGCCUCUCUCGCACCUCCAAGACAACUUCGAGCAGCUCUCCGUGUCCUCCAGCACCGACGACGAUCCCUCCGAGUCGCUCAUCGACCAGCUCUCAAGCCCCCUCGCGUCCCCUCGGAGCAAGAUGAGCGUAGACGACACGUCUGCACAGGACUGCGGAGCUCCUCGACGAGAUCAGCAGCGGGAGGGUGGGAGAGGACCGGCCGACAUGAUCGGUCCAUGCCGAGCGAGAGCCGAGCUUAGAGCAUUGUAUGAAGGUCUGGUAUGUCAGAGUGAUCACGUUACGUGCUAUGAGAUCGCUGAGAAGAUUUUGCGCAUGCUCCUGACAAGCAGUUGGCUGCUGCCGGUCUGA